AUGGAAAACGUUGAAAAUUUCAGCCUUUUAACUGAAGCACCUUGUAAGGAAAUAAUUGACGACAUAGAGGAUUUAAUAUCUUCACAGGACAUAACACCGAACGAACGUUACGCCAGCCGGAAAAAUGUAAAAGUUAAAGCUAAAAGAAGGGAUGUCAAUAAGGAAAAUGUACCUGCCCCAGUGGGUGAAAAUAUACCAGGAACACAAAAAAUAUACGUUAAAACUUGGGGUUGUGCUCAUAACAGUUCAGAUUCUGAAUAUAUGGCAGGUCAAUUAGCUGCCUAUGGAUAUCAGUUAACAGAUGACAAAAGUAAAGCUGACUUGUGGCUCCUAAACAGUUGUACUGUGAAAAAUCCUUCUGAAGAUCACUUCAGAAAUGAGAUUGAAUCAGCUAAAAAGGAUUCAAAACAUGUAGUGUUGGCAGGUUGCGUACCGCAAGGGGCCCCUAAAUCCUCAUUUGUCCAGGGCCUUAGUGUCAUAGGAGUACAACAAAUUGACAGAGUUGUGGAAGUAGUCGAAGAGACUUUAAAAGGCAACACUGUCAAACUAUUGGGGACCAAAAAAGAGAAUGGCAAAAAAAUUGGCGGCGCUUCUUUACUGUUGCCAAAAGUCAGAAGAAAUCCUCUGAUAGAAAUAAUAGCCAUUAACACUGGUUGCUUGAAUCAGUGUACUUAUUGCAAGACCAAACAUGCUAGAGGAGAUUUGGGAAGUUACCCUCCAGAGGAAAUUGUCGCCAGGGCCAAACAGGCGUUUGAGGAAGGAGUGGUGGAGAUUUGGCUUACCUCUGAGGACACAGGAACAUAUGGCAGAGAUAUAGGAACUUCAUUGCCUGAAUUGUUAUGGAAGUUGGUAGAAGUUAUACCAAAAGGUUGUCGUUUAAGAUUGGGUAUGACCAAUCCCCCUUAUAUAUUGGAGCAUUUGGAAGAAAUCGCAAAAAUAAUGGCGCAUCCCAGAGUAUAUGGAUUUCUACAUGUCCCUGUUCAAUCAGGCAGUGACUCAGUCCUAGGUGAUAUGAAAAGAGAGUAUUGCAGAAGUGAUUUUGAACAUGUUGUGGAGUUUUUACAAAAGAAUGUUCCAGGUAUGACCAUCGCAACUGACAUAAUAUGUGGAUUCCCCUCUGAAACUGACGCCGAUUUUGACGAAACAAUAAGUUUAUGCGAAAAAUAUAAAUUCCCCAGUCUGUUUAUAAAUCAGUUUUUCCCGCGUCCUGGCACACCAGCCGCAUUGAUGCCCAGAAUACCGGCGCAGGAAGUCAAGCAAAGAACCAAAAAAUUGACAGAUCUCUUUUACACAUACCAACCUUAUACGCAUAAAUUGGGGGAAGUACAGGAGGUGUUGGUUACUGAAGUAUCGCACGAUAAAAAGCAUUACGUUGGUCACAAUGAAUUUUAUGAGCAAGUUUUGGUACCCAUGAAUAUGAAAUAUAUGGGUAAACUUGUGAAAGUUAAGAUUGUGGAAACAAGUAAAUUUUCGAUGAUGGGACAGCCAUUAGAUGAUGUAACCAUGCCUGGUUUAACUAAACCCCUGGUUAAGGGAGAAAUAUCGGGCGUUGUUAAGGAAUCGCCUGACUAUAAAAUAAUUGUCGCAUUAUUUUUGUUGUUUAUUUCUAUAGUUUUGAAGUUUUUUUGGAUGAACUCGCAAUAA